UUUUACAAUCUGGACUAGCUAAUGUGUUUUUGUGUGCAUGUUACUCACAGCUAACGUUACUGGCGAUAUGUAGGUAUCUUUUAGUUAGCUAGCCAAUUUGCUAUCUAGUAGGUAACGUUAAGCAACUAGGAAAUAAAUGCUGGAAAACGAGCGUAUGCUUUGCCUAAAAUAAAGUUACGUAACCGGGCAAAACAUUUAGCUAGUUAAGGAACGCAGACAACCCAACACGAAUGGGAAAAGCAAACGUAGCUGGAGCAGGAAGGGCUGUGCUUGGAGAGCUGUCCAACUUUCCCAAUGCUUGCAAAGCGGUGCCGUUCAAGAAGACCGUUCCUGCCAAGGCCUCAACCAAACAAUCUAUCAACCAACAAGACCAGCCAGCAGCUGUUUGGCCUGAAGUGUAUGCUAACGUGUCCAUGAAGGAAGAGGAAUUGUGCCAGGCGUUCUCAGAAGCUCUGCUUGCUGUAGAAGACAUUGAUGAAGGGGAUUCAGACCUGCCACAACUGUGCUCUGAAUAUAUAAAGGAUAUCUAUGGAUAUCUGCAGCGCCUUGAGACCCAGCAGUCUGUUCGGGCUAAGUACAUGAGUGGCUAUGAGAUCAAUGGACGCAUGCGUGCUCUCCUGAUUGACUGGCUGAUUCAGGUGCACUCCAGGUUCCAGCUAUUGCAGGAGACUCUCUAUCUGACGGUGGCCAUCCUGGAUCGCUUUCUUCAGGUACAAACUAUUGGCCGCAAGAAGCUCCAGCUGGUUGGUGUGACUGCCAUGUUGUUGGCGUCCAAGUAUGAAGAGAUGUAUUCCCCGGAGAUAGGUGAUUUUGUUUACAUCACAGACAAUGCAUUCACCAAGGCCCAUAUUCGGGAGAUGGAGCAGCUGAUUCUGCAAAGUCUGAACUUUGAGCUUGGACGGCCUCUACCCCUGCACUUCCUCAGGAGAGCCUCCAAGGCUGGCAAUGCUGAUGUUGAGAAGCACACAUUAGCCAAGUACCUCAUGGAACUGACCCUCCUUGACUAUGACAUGGUGCACUACCAUCCUUCUGAGAUUGCUGCUGCUGCCUUGUGCCUCUCCCAGCUGCUGCUUGAUGAGCUCAACUGGACACCAACACAGGAGCACUACUCUACCUAUAAUGAGAACCACCUCAAGCCAAUCAUGGAGCACAUUGCCAAAAACAUAGUUUCUGUCAAUGAAGGGCGAACAAAGCUUCAGGCUGUCAAGAACAAGUAUUCAAGCAGCCGACUUAUGAGGAUCAGCCUCAUCCCUCAGCUGAAGUCUCCAUUUGUAAAUUACAUGGCUGCUGCUCUGCUCCAAUAACGUGAAUGCCGACUAAGUCUGCUGCACUUUAUUUUUAAGAAAAUCCAUUGUGAGAUGGUCUUUUGGACUGCUGCUUUUAAGUACAUGUAAAUAUUUAACCUUUUACAAAUAAACCUUGUUUUGAACCCUUUUAAA